GCUAAUAACAACACUCCGAGGAGCCAAAGAGAAAGCUGUCCUUUGCCACUCUCGAAGGGAUCAUAGCCCGCCCCAUCUACUCUUCCUCCUCCUCUGCAUGAUCGAGAUCAAACCCACCUUAUAAAUUUAACUACUUAAUACUAAUAUUUGUAAUCCCUCAGGUUUCUUCCAAACCCAACUCUCCAAAUCCUUCUUGAUCUCGUCGUCAUGUCUCAGUUGGCCGCAUCUCAGGUUGCAGUGAGUGUUCCUGUUGGAAGCGAGUUGUCCACCAGGAGAUCUGUGUUUAAGACACAUAGCAUAACCUUUCAUGACAAACCACAGGCAGCUUUUUUGUCCUUGGACUUAAAAACAAAGAAUGCAUGGUUCAGGAAUCGACAGAUAAUAUGCCAAUCAGUGCAACAAGCUGGCAUACCUAAAGUUGCUGUUUCCCCUUUAAACUUUGAAGAUGAUAAAGAACCCCCACUAAAUACAUACAAGCCUAAGGAACCUUAUAUAGCAACCAUUGUUUCUGUUGAGAGGAUUGUGGGCCCAAAAGCUCCUGGAGAAACUUGCCAUAUUGUGAUUGAUCAUGGUGGCAAUGUUCCAUACUGGGAAGGACAGAGUUAUGGCGUUAUUCCUCCUGGUGAAAACCCAAAGAAACCAGGGGCUCCCCAGAAUGUUCGUUUAUAUUCAAUUGCCUCGACUAGGUAUGGAGACUAUUUCGAUGGAAAGACAGCCAGCUUAUGUGUCCGUCGUGCUGUUUAUUAUGACCCUGAUACCGGAAAGGAGGAUCCUUCCAAGAAUGGUGUAUGCAGCAAUUUUUUAUGCAACUCAAAGCCUGGAGAUAAAAUUAAGAUCACAGGCCCCUCUGGCAAGAUAAUGCUUUUGCCUGAAGACAACCCAAAUGCCACCCACAUAAUGAUUGCCACUGGAACUGGUAUUGCUCCAUUCAGAGGCUAUCUUCGUCGUAUGUUCAUGGAGUCUGUCCCCACAUUCAAGUUCAAUGGUCUUGCAUGGCUGUUCCUUGGGGUGGCCAAUACUGACAGUCUCCUCUAUGACGAUGAAUUUACGAAGUAUCUUAAGGACUACCCCAAUAACUUCCGCUAUGAUCGGGCCCUUAGUAGAGAGCAAAAGAGUAAGAGUGGAGGCAAGAUGUAUGUUCAGGACAAGAUUGAGGAAUACAGUGAUGAAAUCUUCCAACUUUUGGAUGAUGGUGCCCACAUUUAUUUCUGUGGCCUUAAGGGAAUGAUGCCUGGGAUCCAAGAAACGCUUAAGAGGGUUGCAGAUCAAAGAGGGGAGAGUUGGGAAGAGAAGCUCUCAAAACUCAAAAAGAACAAACAAUGGCAUGUUGAAGUCUACUGAUUACAUAGUGACUGAUGCUGUUGAUGCGUGUUUCAUGAAAAUUGCAUCAGCCACUUGCUGUUAGGUGAUUGGCCUUUUCAACUUGUUCAGCUUUUUAGGUGAGAACUUGAGUAGCAGUUAUCAUUUAUCUAUUGUUAAAAGCCAAUAAGACAAAUUAGAUUUUCUUGGUUAAUAAAGAACCCCUUUCGAUUGGUGAUCUUUAA